UGGGUAAAUAGAGUUAUAAACCUCGCUGUAUCAACUCAAGGUUUGAGUCAAAGAAAUGCUGAGGAUAAAGCAAUCAACGACUUAAUGAACAUCAGUACAGAUACUGAUAUUUACCACCAAGAUUAUAUCGAAGUUCCUAAAACAAAUUCAAAGAUAAACAGCUCAAAUCUUAAAGACCAGAGGAAAGUUUCAAAUCUUCCCAGAGAUCCAAAGGGAAAACCCAAAGGGAAGAAAAGCAAAAACUCAGAACGAAAUAGUAAAUAGGUUUUAUGCUUGUUGGUAAGGUGUCUGAUAGCAUCACCCCUUGGAGUUCGAAUAAGGAUAAUAUCUUACUGCUGGCUACUCCUAAUGAUAGUAUUCUCCAGCGUUCGAAAGGGAAUGUCUGAAAAAAUACGGAUAGAGCAGAAAAUGAUGAAAAGAAGCAAAAUGAGACGAAUAGAGUAGUUAAAAUGCAGAGAAAGCCUUUAAUAAAGCCUCUUGUAAAGCUUAAGAAUAUUAAAAGUGUGAGGAAAGAUACUAAGAAUAUGAGACAAAUAGAUGAUAAUUCAGCUAAUGCCUUGAAGGAUGAUAAGAAAGUAAAAUUUGAGAACAGAAAAACUAGAUCUAAUUUAGACUCUUUGAAGAAUAGCACUUCUAAUGGAUUUUAUAAGAAAAAUAAAGAAGAAAGUGAGAUUAAGCCAACUAAUUUGGCUGUAACUCCUAGUUGAGACUUCAAUGAGCAGAAUUUUAUCUUUCAGAAUGAAAUGAAAGAAGGGCGUAAUUCAUUGGUUAGCAACACCAAUACAGAAAAAGCUAAUAUUGUUUUCCAGUUUCCAAGCUCGAGGAAGCAAUCUCAACCUUCGAAUCUCAAUGACUGUUUAAUUAUCCAAAAACAAAAUGUGAAAAAUAAGGAAGUAUGUCAGAGUAAAGAUCUGAAAGGAGUCACUCAGAGAAGGGAUUCACGUUUACCUCCUAAAUCUAGACUUGACAAGGCCAGAAUGAUUAAUCCUAACAAUCAUCGAAAUCUGAAUUAUAAUUAUCCUAUCAAUAAGGGGACUUAUAAAUAUGAUGGCCUUCGAAACUCCAAGAAUUAUGAUCCUCUACAGACAGUAGAAGCUUGAGGGAAAUCGAUACUUGAAUUUGAUCAUUUUUCAGCUACUUAUGACAAAUAUUCCAGCAAAGAUGUCUCAAUAACUAAUGGCAGUGGGAAUAUAUUCUCUUCUAGAAGGGAAAGCAAGAAGAAUAUUUUUGCUGAAAAGAGAUCUAAAGAGAAUAUUCAAACCGAACUUCAAGAGUUUAUCAAAAACCUUAACUCAAACCUAGCUACUCAAAAGCGUAAUCUGCUUCCCAAACCAGAGAGCCAGCAAAGAAGUGUUAAAAGCCAGAGAGAAAAGCGCCAAGUCAUCUCUAAACCUCCUCUCAAAACAAUCCGCACUCGAAACCCUAACGACAGGAACAAAUUCUCAACCCACUUCUUCUCCCAAGAACGACCUUCCAACGGCAACAUAAAACUCUUCGACGUCGAAAAAUUCCUCCUAAAAGUAACCAGCAACAGGCAGAUCUCCACUCCCAUUAUCGACCAAACCCAACACAAAUUCCCCUGCCCAGUCAAAAGCCAUAUUCCCCAACAAAUCCUGAACAAAUUCACACUAGACACACACAAACCUGAACUUAAAGUCGAGCCAAGGCCAAGACCCCAGUUCUCCAAAAUGUCUUUUAUCUCACCGAAUAGGAAGCCAAACCAGAAGUAUGAGUGUGCAAAUUGGAAAGCGUUUGUUAAGGAGUAGUGUAGGCUGGAGGAUGAGUAUUUGGUUUUAAAGAUGUUUUG